UUUGCUGAUGUUAUGUUAGGGAGAGGUAGCGCCAUGCGGGGGCACGGCGUUGAAGGUAACUUGAUUGUUUGAUUUUACAAGUCAAAAGUUUUUCAGCGGACUUACAACCGAUUUCCAUCAAAUACGGUUAAAAUUACCAUUGUGAUGAACAAAUAUCUGAUGAAAAUUGGAGGCAUUGCAAGUGGACCACGUACGAAGUGAGAAAACCAAAAUCAAAAUUAUAAUUGCAGCAACGUGGCAACAGCGCCGGAAAUGUAAAAAACUAGUCACCCGGCUGGAUGAGGUCAGACUCGAUGAGGCGUCGAGUGCGUCGGCAGUAGCCGGCGUCUCUGGGUGGGGAGAAAGAUGUCUGUGUUCGAGGCCACUUUCCAUCUAUUUUGCUCGAAUUGCGCUUAAAGUCUCAGUAACAAGAAAGCUCACUGCCAUAUUUUAUGAAGUACUGGAGAUUGCUGCGCCAAUUCCAUCGCAAAUGCGAAGUUAAUGGCAACCAUGAUUACAAACCCGGAAGCGCCGCGUGAAGCAGCAACGAUGUCGUUGGCCGAGGUGCCCUCUGAUCAAUUUGAUGCCUUCGCCGCAGGUUUAGUCGAGUUUCUCCCUCACUCCUACCAAAUCGAAGCAAUGCUGCGCGGUCACCUCAAGUACAAUUUUUUCACCAUUUACGACGUCAAGCUUUACGCGCCGGUCGAUGCUGUGCACCGCCACCAUAUGGCUGUCAUCACACCCACUGGAACAGCGGAACUGAAGUCCCUGUCGAUUUUCUGGGACGAGAACAAAUUGUCAGACGACGAUGUGUACAACCUGCUCCGGACGCUCCCAGUGGACAGCUGGGACCAUCCUUACACAAUACAGCAAAUACCAUUGCACUUGCAACCUAAGAUGGAUGCCAUCAUGCGAAGACUUACAAAAGGAAGGUCUCAUCUUCUGACUCCAAUACCCAUCAUAACGAUGACCCUGGCCCCUGAGGAUGCACCUCCUGUGCCCCAAUUACCGGAAGGAUAUUUUUUCGGAGAACUGGCAGCCAGCUACAGCGAAGAGAUUCUCUCGCGGUGGGUGGGAGCAUCAAGUGAAAAUGUCGAGGUCUUUUCCAAGCUAUUAGUCACGUUUCCUUCAGUGGCGAUAUACUACAGAGUACAGAGGAGAACCAAACUCAUCCGCUGCCGAUAACGACAAAUUGUACGAACUUUCUGCUAUAAAAGGUCAUGGAAGAGGAGAACUUGCAAGCUACUCUAUUUACAAGCACAAUUCGGAUUGUGGCAUUACAUUCACCAAGGAAAGUCACCGCAGGAAGGGAUUAGCAAGAGCCGUAACUCUUCAGUUGGCCGAAAGGCUUCGACAGGACGGCAUUCGAUCUUAUGUCGUUACUGAUGACGAUAAUGAGCUGUCUAUUGAUAUGCACUCCAAGAUUGGGUUCAAACGCUAUACGGAGGCAGCUAUUCCAUUCUACAUCCCUGAAGGUUUUGACUUCACUAGCAUCCCAAAUUUUUUCACCCAUGAAGGCUACAGGGACAUUUUAAAACAGUGGGAGGAAUCUUUCACGCCGAGAACGGCGCGAGGUAGCCUAAUCGUUCCGGAGAAUUCAAUUUCUCUUUAAUUCCUUUGAGACUUCCAUCUAGUGGAAGUUUAUUAUUUAUUUAGUUUCUAUUCCCUUUACAUGUGCUUUCUUGGCAAUGUUAAUGCAUCACAAACAGGGAUCUUGAAAGGUUCAUAAUUGCGUUGGCCGAUAAAUUAUGCACCGAUUGAUGCUAAGUGAGCACAUAAUCUUGGUAUUUUGACCUCAGCACCAAGCAGAAUCUGCUGCAAUGAACAGUAAUACAUAGAAAAACCUUUCAUUACAUUUGACUGCGCCCAAUAUUCAGUCGAAUAAUGUUCGAGAACGCUAAAUUAAGAGUUCAGGUCUUGGGGAACAAGAUGAAUUCCGAAUAUUUAGAGGCUCGUCAAUAUUCAGCUUUCAACUUUUGAACAGUUUAGAAUAAGAUGCUCUGGUAUUUGGACUAGGGAAUGGAAAGAGACAGGGACAGUGUGUGUCAUGCUCAUAAUUAUAAUAGUUCAGCCUAUACUUGAUGCAGUUCGAUCAAGAAUUUCAAAUAUAGUAUAGUAUCGGAUGUGGCUAUAAACAUUUCAACAUUAUUUCUAUUUACGAUAAAAUUCUAGAUGUUCGGCAAGAAAUCUUCUAUCAAUAAAAUACAGCAUAAUUUUAAAAACGGUAUCUCCAGGAGUAUACCCGAUUAUGCUGAAAUUGCCACCUGAUGAAAAAUUCGAAAAAUAAGUUUAACAUCGUGUCUUUGGAUUGAAACUAAAUUCUCACAAAGACCGUUGAAAAAUUAAUCAAAGACAAAGAUGUAUUUUGCAUCCCACAUAGCUUCGUUGGCAAAUAUUCUAGUGUUGAAAUUAGAAGCGAGUCAAGGGUUCAAAAUCGGAUAAGCUAAGAAUUAAAAAUAUCGUUCUGUCUUCAUAGCGGGAACAUAGAUUAAUUUUGUCAUUUGUAAUAUAUUGCUUCAUAUUGUAAUCAAAUGAAUUUGAAAUGCGUAUAAUUAUAUUUUCAUUUUAGUUGCACUAAUCAUAUUCCCAGAAAUGUGCUACGGUAUUCACUUCCACUUAAAAUGUCCCUUCACUCACAAAUUAAGAAUUAAUUAUUAGAUUGUGAAAUCAUGUCUGUAACCUAAAUAAUGAUAAAAUACCUAAAAAAAAAGUAGAAAAACUCUCAUAAAUACGAAAGGUAACAGAGAUAAUUUCAAAAUGAUAUGUACCGUAGGUGUGAAAUAUCGCUUAGUUGUCUACUUCAUAUUAGUUUAUAAAAUUGCACAACUGAUCUGAAAACGAUUAAAAUUAAUCAAACUCAAUGUUGGAGCCAUCGUAUUUUUCAUAUGAUCUCGGGCUUGAUCCCAAGUGCAAGUUAAUAAAGCUUAACACCA